AUGUCGCUAGAUCUGGAGGGUAUAUAUGCCCAGCAGAUCAAUCUAUAUGAGGAGCUAGAUAUUAAGAUCGAAAGUUCUCCUCAGGAUGUGCCGCUUGCGUUGAUAAAGAAGCAAUAUAGGAAAAUGGCGCUCAUGUACCACCCUGACAAGCAGCCGGACAACUCGAGUGCCAUUCACAAGUUCCAUAUGUUGUCAUUAGCCACCCACAUACUCACAGAUGAGUCCUCAAGAGCCGCUUACGAUAAAUGGCUAGAGAGACGGAUCGAUAACGAUGAACAACGCAAUGAACUGAUCAACCAGUUGAAUGAACGUGAAUCAAGAGCUCAAAAGAAAGGAAGGACACAUUUUGCAAAGGAUAUAACACAUAUACAGGAGUAUGGUUCCACAUUACGCAAGAUGAAACAUUUCAAGAUUCCGUAUGGUGACUGGAAGACUUUGAAUCUUAGCCAAACAACUCAGAAAUCAAGCCCUGAGCCACAUAAAUACUAUGACAGUUCAACACUGAGAAUCGAAGUGCAAAAUGUGGAGUCACCGGGAGAUUUGGCAGACAAGCAUAUUUUGAUGGAGUUUCUACGACAAAUUUUCGGAGUAGAAUCCCUACACGACCUAUAUUACUCCUCAAGAAACGACUUUGCCAAUAGCGAGAGUAUUGUUUCGUAUGUGGUUUUCGAAAGACCAAGAGAAUCACAGCUAGUCUUCAAGAGAUGGACAGCGAAUCGUGAUUUGUCCAGCUGGGGGCCAAUUUUAGACGUUUCGCCGUGGAUUCCCAUAAAGUAUUACAAAAACUUUACUAAACAAGUGGAUCUGGCUCCAGAGAUUGCUGCUCUUGUUAACAACAACACAGUGAUCAUCGACUAA